UUUUUUUUUUUGUUUGUACAGCAACUACAACAGAUUAAUCCACGCAAGUUCAAGAAAUAAUGGUUAGUCAAGGCAAGCUAAGCUCCGGAGCUAAUUCUCCUGCUUCUUCAACCCACACGAACCAAAGUGGCAACCACCAUCACCACCAUCACCAUCAUGUCUUGGGAGUCCACAACAAUGGGUCCUCUCACAGCAUUCACAGUCAUUAUCCUCAACAAUCUCAUCCCGGUAUCCAUCACAAGGCCUAUCAUCCUGACCCAGAGGCUCUUUACCAUGACACUGGUAUUGAUUACAACCAUGUGCUUAUGAACCGAAAUGCGUCUGUGGCCAAGUUGUAUGAAGAUGCUUUGAGAUAUGAGGAUGGAUCGAUUAUUUCCUCUGAAGGAGCUCUGGUGACCAGCUCGGGCAAGAAAACAGGUCGUUCGCCCAAGGACAAGCGUAUUGUGGAUGAGCCAUCGACUUCAGCAGACAUCUGGUGGGGACCCGUGAACACUAAGCUGAGUGAGCAUGCGUUCUUAAUUAAUCAUGAACGUGCGGUCGAUUACUUGAAUACGCGUGAAAGACUCUAUGUCUUUGACGGAUAUGCAGGAUGGGACCCCAAAUACAGGAUCAAAAUCCGUGUUGUCUGUGCCCGUGCAUACCACUGUCUCUUCAUGCGUAACAUGUUGAUUCGUCCCACAGACGAGGAGCUGGAGAACUAUGGCGAGCCCGAUUUCACAAUCCUCAAUGCCGGAGCCUUCCCAGCCAACCGAUACACCACAGGUAUGACCUCAACUACCUCGGUCUCGAUCAAUUUCCGUCGUCGCGAGAUGGUAAUCCUGGGCACUGAGUACGCAGGCGAGAUGAAGAAGGGUGUUUUCACAAUCAUGCAUUACCUGAUGCCCAAGCAAGGGGUUUUGUCAUUGCAUUCAUCUGCAAACCAAGGCAAUGAUGGUGAUGUCACGCUCUUCUUUGGACUGUCCGGCACAGGCAAGACCACACUCUCAGCCGAUCCUCGCCGUCAUUUGAUUGGAGAUGAUGAGCAUUGUUGGUCUGAUACAGGGGUCUUCAACAUUGAGGGAGGAUGCUAUGCUAAAUGUAUCGAUCUUUCUGCAGAGAAGGAGCCCGAGAUCUUUGGAGCGAUUCGAUUUGGAUCAGUCUUGGAGAAUGUGGUCUUGGAUGAGGAUACCCGUCAGGUCGAUUACAGCGACGGAUCCUUGACAGAGAACACUCGGUGUGCUUAUCCAAUUGAGUAUAUCCCCAACGCCUUGAUCCCCUGUAUUGCGGGCCACCCCAAGAACAUCAUCAUGCUUACCUGUGAUGCCUUUGGUGUGUUGCCUCCAGUCUCCAAGUUGACUCCUUCUCAGGCAAUGUAUCAUUUCAUCUCUGGUUUCACAGCCAAGAUGGCAGGUACGGAGGAUGGUGUGACUGAGCCGGAGGCAACAUUCUCGGCCUGUUUUGGUCAGCCAUUCUUGGUCCUUCACCCAACCAAAUAUGCAACGAUGUUGGCGGCCAAGAUGCAAGAACAUAAGGCAGAUGCAUGGUUGAUCAACACAGGUUGGACUGGAGGUGCCUAUGGCAAGACCGGCAAACGCAUCUCACUCAAAUAUUCGCGAGCGAUCAUUGAUGCGAUCCACUCGGGUGAAUUGAAGAAAGCCGAGUAUGAGACCUACCCGAUCUUUGGACUAGAGAUCCCCAAGGCAAUUGAAGGAAUCCCAGCUGAGGUUUUGAAUCCCGCAAAGGCUUGGUCGGAAUCUGAGGGCGAGUAUGAGCAGACAGUCAAGAAACUUGCACAGUUGUUCAAUGAGAACUUUACAAAAUAUCAGGAUGAGGCUUCAGAGGAUGUCAUUGCUGCAGGGCCCAAGGUCUAAGGAGAACUAUGACCGACUGCCGCAACAAGCAAGAAACAACUGGAGGAA